AUGAAUCCAGAUGAAAUUGAAAAUAUGAUUGUUUAUCAAGUUGGUGCUUUACAAGCAUUUUUAAAUAAAGAAAGCUUACCUUUACAUCAUAUUAAACCUCAUGGUUCAUUAUAUAAUAUGACUGCACGUGAUGAAUUGAAAUGUGAUGCUUUAUGUAAAGCUAUAUUACAAUUCUCAAAUAAUCAUAAUGAUAUUAAACAUAUUGAUGAUGAAGUUAUUGACGAAAACAAUAAGAUAAAAUUAACUGGUUUAGCAAAUAGUUAUCAUGAAAUUUGUGCAAAAAAAUAUAAUAUUCCAUUUAUAUCAGAAUUUUUUGCAGAUUUAGAAUAUGAUAAUAAAGGAAAAUUAAUAAUAACACGUAAACAUGAUCCUAUUAAUAUAAAUAAAAUAAUUAAACAUGUUGAAUUAGCAUUAAAUGAAAAUAAAAUAAUAGCAAAUGAUAAUACAAUUGAAUUAGUUUUUCGAUUUAAAACAAUAUGUAUACAUUCUGAUACACCAAAUUCUGUAGAAGUUGCAAAAACUGUAAAUGAUAUUUUAAAACAAUGGAAAAUAAAUAAACAUAUGCAGGAAAAUAAUAAUAUUAAAAUAUUUAUAGCAAAUCGAGGUGAAAUAGCUAUUCGAAUUAUUGAAACAUGUAAAAGAUUAAAAUUAAAAACAAUUACUAUAUAUACUGAACAAGAUGAAUAUUCUCUUCAUACAUUAAAAUCAGAUGAAUCAGUAUUAAUAUCAAAUUAUACAAAUAGUGAUGAAAUUAUAGAAAUUUGUAAAAAUAAUAAUGUUAUUGUUGUACAUCCUGGUUCCAAAAAUGAUAUUAAUCAUAUUGGUGGUUAUCCAAUAUUAAUUAAAACUACAGGUGGUGGCGGUGGUAUUGGUAUGCAAAUUUGUAAUAAUGAUAAUGAACUUAUAUUAGCGAUAGAACAAUGUCGUAAUAAAGCAUUAUUAUAUUUUAAUAAUAAUGAUAUUUAUAUUGAAAAAUAUUAUCCUAAUUGUCGUCAAAUUGAAAUACAAAUAUUUGGUAAUGGUAAUGGUGAAAUAAUUCAUUUAGAUGCUCAUGAUUUAUAUAAUAGUGCCAUAAAAUUAGCUCAAUCAGUAAAUUAUUAUUCUGUUGGUACUGCUGAAUUUUUAUUAAUUGAUAAUGGUUCUAAUGAUAAUGAUACUGGUAAAUUUUAUUUCUUAGAAAUGAAUACAAGAUUACAAAUUGAACAUGAAAUAACUGAAAUGAUAAAUAAUAUAGAUUUAGUUGAAUGGAUGAUACAAUUAAGUUUAACAGCUUAUAAAUUUCAAUUUAAUCAUUUAUUAUUCAAUAAUAUAAUUGAUUUUAAUAAUCAUAUUCAAUAUAUUUAUUUACCAUAUGGUCAUUCAAUAGAAGUACGUAUUUAUGCUGAAGAUCCAAAUCAUGAUUAUAUACCUUCAUCUGGUUUAAUUACAUUUAUCAAAUGGCCAAAUCAUUAUCAUUGGUUACGUAUUGAUACUUGGAUUACUAUAAGUACAAAAAUUACUACAAAUUAUGAUCUUUUACUUGCUAAAAUAAUUGUCUAUGGUAAUAAUUGUAAUCAUACAAUUAAAAGAAUGAAUAAAAUUUUAAAUCAAUUAAUUAUUUCUGGUCCAAUUACAAAUUUAGAUUUACUAAAAAUUAUUUUUCAAAAUGAAAAUUUUAUUAUUGGUAAUACAACAACAAAAUUUAUUAAAUCAAUUAGUUAUAUACCAAAUUGUAUUUAUGUAUUACGAGGUGAAUUACCAAUCAGUGCAAAAUUAUUUAUACCUUCAGGUUCAAUACUUGAUAUUCAAUCUGUUAUUAAUACUACUCAUAAUGGUGGCUGUCGAUGUUAUCUUGUUAUUUUAGGUGGUAUUAUUGAUGUACCUAUUUAUUUAAAUUCAAAAUCAACUUUUAUAUCUUGUAAUGCUGGUGAUCAUCAAGGUAGAGCUUUAAUAAGUGGUGAUCUUUUACCUUUAUUCAAUAAUAAUAACACCUUAGAUGUUGAUAAUAAUAAUCAUUUUGAAAAAAACAUUAUAAAAUUUGUUAUACCAAAUGAUAUGAUACUAAAAUUUACAACAAAUUGGGAAAUACAAGUUUUAUUAGGACCACAUGGUAAUUCUGAUUAUAUUGAUAAUGAAAAAUCUAAUGGAUUUAUUAAAUACAAAAUGGAAAGUUCAUUUUUCAAAUUAGAUGGAGGUGAAGGUGGUUCACAUCCAAGUAAUAUACAUGAUUGUGGUCAUGCUCUUGGUAGUAUUAAUUUUACUGGCGAUAUGCCUAUCAUAUUAACUGUUGAAGGUCUAACACAAGGUGGAUUUGUUUGUCCUUUUACAAUCAUUUCUUCUGAUUUUUGGAAAAUUGGUCAAUUAAAAUCUGGUGAUACAAUAAUAUUUAAACCAAUUAUUAUAAAUCAAGCAUUAAAACAUAAAAAAUUAAUAAAUCAUUAUUUAAAUUAUAUUAAAAAAUUAUUAGAUUAUUCUUCAUUAAAUAUACCAAAACCAAAACAUUUUAAUAAUAUUAAUAAUUUAUUAUUAUAUAAUCAUUAUUAUUCUUAUAAAAAUGAAGAAUUUAAUAUAGAAAAUAAUUCAUCUUUAUUAUUAGAAUAUAAACAUAAUGAUAUAUUAAUACAAUAUCGUCAAGCUGGUGAUUGUUAUUUAUUAAUUGAAUAUGGUGAUUCAAAAUCAACUAUAAAUUUAUUAUUAUGUUUACGUAUACAUCAAAUACAAGAAUAUCUUGGUCUUAUGACAGAUUUAAAAACAAUGAAAACUAAACCCAUAUUGCAUGGUUUAAUUGAUUCAGCACCAGCAAUUCAUUCAUUACUUAUACGUUACGAUCCUAUUCAUUUAUCACAAAAUAUAAAAUUAUAUUUACCAAUAGCAUUAAAUGAUCAUUGGAAUAAGGAUGCUAUUCAAUAUUAUAUGAAAACAAUACGUUCAAAAGCAAAUUAUUUACCAAAUAAUUUAAAAUUUAUUGCAAAUAAUAAUGGUAUUAUUGAUGAUAAUGAUAUUGAACAAAUAUCAAAUAUAUUAUUAGAAGCACAAUGGUUAGUUAUUUGUAUUGGAUUUUGUCUUGGUUGUCCAUUUGCUAUACCAAUAAAUCUUAAACAUAGAUUAUCUGUACCAAAAUAUAAUCCAGCUAGAACUUAUAUACCUGAUGGUUCUUGUGAUCUUGGUGGUAAUUAUAUGGCAAUUUAUCCUAUUGAAAGUCCAGGUGGCUAUCAAUUAUUUGGAAGAACAAUACAAACAUGGUCAACAUUUGGUACAAUUGGAUAUCCAUUUACAAAUUAUCAACCUUGGUUAUUGAAUAUGUUUGAUAUAAUUCAAUUUCAAUCUGUUACUGAAUUACAAUUAAAAAAUUUACAAAUGGAAUUACUAAAAGAAAUUGAUUCUAAUAAUAAUAAUUAUAAUGAAGUAUCAAAUGAUUCACAACAACAACAACAAAAUUUACAAGAAUUAGAUGAUAAUCAUAAAAUUAUUUAUGCUAUGGUUGGUGGUAUAAUUCAAUAA